AUGAUUCAUCUGAACGCGCCAUACGUGCUCGAGGCGCUGAUGGGGCUGCCCAUGCGUGCAGCGAGUAUGAGGACAGACACGGAGAGGUUGCUCGACACGGGGUUCCCUACACUCGCUGGGUAUACCUUUAUUCGCGGCCGCCCGAGGCUGGUCAUACGGUUAUCGACCGCGACGCACGCUUACUCUCAGCCGGUGCCAUCGUCAACUCCUCCUGUCGCCUCUUUAACUCCUCAUCCAACUCUGUCAACCCACCAAAUGCAAUGGGACAGCACGAGUGCAGAAGAAGGUGCUGGACCCAUCAGCAAUGGCCGGGCAUGCGGUGUCGGCUCCCGGGUAUGCGCUGGCGACGUCACGCAUGCGGCUCGGCACCCGGAGACGGCGUUACUUGCGUCGAGGAUCCCGAGCGUGCACGGCGCCAGCACCGUCUAUAACGGACGCGAUCUAGCGAUGCUGGUGGAGAGCAGCGUGGAGAUCGGAGUAGGGAAGAGAAGGGGGAGGGAGAUGUUACUCGUGAGCCAACCGGAGAUCGCGGAGAAGAUGUACGGCGUCGUGCUCAACCUCUGCACGCACGCAUGCACGAGCGACUCCGUGACGCGGUACCUAAGGACACACGAAGACUUCUUUGCGCGCCAGCUCGCUGCGCUGCCCCCGCGCGUGCCAGAAGCGGACGACCCGCGAUGGCGUCAGAGUUCGCACGAUCGUGUCGAGCCUGUCGAGCUUCCUCAGGGCCCGCGCGGCGCGCUGAACGGCCUCCUCGGCGUGUUCUUCGGGAACGCGGAGGACGACGCCGACGCCGACGCAGGGCCGCGAGAUUGGGAAGACGAGGUCUAUGGGACGAGCAGUGCGGGAAGGGUCGGCGGGCAGAGGAGUGUAAGGGCCGUCGAGAUGUUGCAGAGCUUAUCAUUCGACUGUCCUGCUCCUUCUGCAUCGACAUCGACCGAGACGGCAUUAUCAUUGUCCACCCUCGGCCGCUCGACAUUUCAAUCCCUCGUCCUGUCGUCGUCUACCCGCGGACCCUACGACACAACAUCCGCGCUCUCAUCCAUCCGGCGAAGUAUGGCGCACGGUCGCGUUCACGCUGCUGUCACGACUCGUGGCGCUGGACCGCUGGACGAGAGGGUGCUGAACGUUCUGAACAAGCAUGGGGUUGUGCAAGGGUUUGUGUAUGCGCUUAAGGAGGCCGAUGCAAGGCUGGUGGGCGUGUUGAAGCCCGAUCCUGAUGAUCUGAACGCGCUGUACGUGUUCGAGGCGCAGAUGGGACUGCUCAUGCGCGCUGCGAGCACCAGGAUCGGCGCGGAGAGGUUGCUCGAUGCCGGGUUGUUGCCUACACUUGCUGGGUGCGACUUUAUUGAUGCGCAGCCUGAGGCUGAUCAUGCGUUCAUUGAUCGCGACGCGUUCCUGCCCUCGGCUAUCCAGCGCUACCACCAGCUCCUCCUACCAACCCUCCAACUCCUCACCCAACUACACUCAACCCUAUCACCCCAUCAAACCUGCACAGCACAAACAAUCCGCUUCCUAACCUCCCACGCCGACACGCUCUCCAUCCUCCUCAAAUCACCCCCAUCCUCGCUCGCGGCGCUGAGAGCAAAAGCUCGUCGAGCUGUGCAGGGGGGGCUGAACGCCGCUGUCGGGGCGCUCGCUGCGCGGGCGCUUGCGGGCGGUGUGGGAGAAAGUGUUGGGCCGACGAGCGAUGCGGAGGGCGCGGACGAUGCGGUGUUAGCUCCCGGGUACGCGCAGACGAGCAAGUUCGCGCUCGCGGUGCGCGACGCUGAGCAUGCGCUCGAGCGCGCGUUGUUGUUGUAUCUCGCGGCGGCGUCUGAUCCGGGCGAAGAUGCGCCGGGCGGGAUCACGCUCGUCGUAGCGCCCGUCGUCGGGCCCGCACGGUCGACCGAUUCGCGCGUUGUCGCGACGGUACCGACCAUGGGCGACCUCUUCGGCGCCCUCGGGGCACUCUCAUCCGAGCUGCACGAUACACUGCGCAUCACACACAAUCUCACCGCCGAGCUAUCUGCGUGCUCACAACUGCGGAUCGAAGAUUACCUACCCAUCCUCCCUCCCCCAAUGGCUUCUCUCGCGGCGAGUCAAAGUCCGAGUCAGACCAGGAGUAUGAUCGCAGAGGAGUUGGGGAGGAUCAGGAAGCGCGUGAGGAGAAGAGCGGAGGGACUGGUGGAGGCUGUCGAGGUCGCGCUUUUGGUGGCGUGGACUCAUGCGAGCGUAUACGCCGCGGACGACAUCGAUUCAUCAUCUAUCAUCGCCCUACAACGACCGAAAGAGCGCGCGGGCGUUCAACCGGGUUCAGCAGCGCUGGCACGGGCCAUGGCCGGUGCGCCCAAAGGCGAGGCGUUUGUGAGGGAGUGUGCGCGCAGGGCUGCGAGUGCUCUGAGCAGGGUUGACGGGCUGGAGCUUGGUGGAGAGGAGGGGUGGGAGGAGCGAGAGGCGUUUGUUGGGCUGAUGUGUGUUAGGGUCGCAGAGGUUCUUGGAUUGAGUAGGGAUACGAGCGGUGGAGAGAAGUAG